GUGAGGUACAUUAAUAACGACAGAGAGGUUUACUGUAGCCUAGUGAUGGCUAAAGCAAGAGUAGCACCCACGAAGCUCCUGAGUAUACCUAGAAUGGAGCUUUCUGCUGCUGUGGUUUCCGCCAGAAUGAGUGCCAUGUUGAGGGUUGAACUGGAAAUGAAAAUCAAUGAGGAAUUUUUUUGGACAGAUUCCCAAGUGGUAUUGGCCUAUAUUAAUAAUGACGUGAGAAGGUUUCAUGUAUUUGUGGCAAAUAGACUCCAAGUAAUAAAGGGAGAAACAAACUGUAGCCAGUGGCAUUUUGUUGAUACAUCUGAAAAUCCAGCUGAUCAUGCCUCCAGGGGUUUAAAUGCUUCUGGCCUUUUAUCAACUAACUGGAUGAUGGGACCAAGUUUUUUGUGGCAGCAUGAGCUGAAGUUAACAUCCCCUCCUUCCGCUGUGCUGUUGGUGCAUGAUCCAGAAGUGAGGGCAGCACAAGUGAAUGUGGCGAUUACAAGCGAUUGCGAUGAUAUGCUUGAUAGGUUGAGCCGAUUUUCCUCUUGGAUACGGCUCCUUAAGGUGGUGGCGAGAAUCAGGAGGAUGACAUCCAGACAAAGGCAUGAUAGUGAUCACAUUACGGUAGAGGAAAUUGAGAGCGCGACGGAAGUGGUAGUUAGACUUGUCCAGCAACAAGCCUUCUCCGAAGAGAGAAGAACGUUGGAGAAGGGGGAUAGUCUUCCCCACUCCAGUCCCCUUUUUCGUUUCAAUCCUAUUUUGGAUAAGGGAAUUCUUAGGGUUGGUGGGAGGUUGAGGCAGUCAUCUCUCAGUCAAGGGUUGAAACACCCAAUUAUUCUUCCUAAGAGUUCACACAUUACCGAGCUUGUGCUUCUUCAUUUUCAUGAGAGGAUUUGUCACCAAGGUCGAAGCCAGACUCAAAUGGAACUUCGAGCAAAUGGGUUUUGGGUCAUUGGUGGGAGUAAAUCCACUGCUAGGUUGAUACAUCAUUGUGUGACUUGUAGGAAGCUUCGACGUCCGGCAGAGGAGCAGCAGAUGGCUGAGCUCCCGGAGGCACGGGUGGAGGCCUCAGCACCAUUCACAUAUUGUGGGAUGGACGUGUUUGGUCCCUUUAUUAUUAAAAGGGCACGCACGGAACACAAGAGGUACGGAUUGAUUUUUACUUGUCUUUCCUCAAGGGCUAUUCACAUUGAGACGUUGGAAGAUUUGUCAACGGAUGCGUUUAUAAACGCUUUAAGAUGUUUUAUCAGCCUCAGGGGGGCUGUACGUCAGCUUUAUUGUGAUCAUGGCACAAAUUUUGUGGGGGCUAGGAACGAGUUUAAGAAGGCUUUGAAACAGUGUGAUCCCAAGAAAUUGGAGGCUUAUCUGGCAAAUAAACAGUGUGAAUUCAUUUUUAGUGCGCCAGCGGCGAGUCAUGCGGGUGGCGUUUGGGAGCGGCAAAUUCGAACCGUGCGGAAUGUUUUGAAUGCCACGCUUUGUGUCUGUCCAGGUAGGCUCGAUGAUUUCUCACUUCGAACACUCUUUUAUGAGGCUAUGGCUAUAGUGAAUAGCCGCCCCUUGAAUGUGGACGGUAUCAAUGAUCCCAGAUCAUUGGAACCUUUGACACCUAAUCAUCUUAUUUUGAUGAAGUCUCAGAUUGCCCUUCCUCCUGCUGGGAAAUUUGUAAGAGAGGAUGUAUAUGCAACGAAACGAUGGCGACGAGUGCAAUACUUGACUGAGCAGUUUUGGGGACGCUGGAAGAGGGAAUAUUUAUUGAAUAUUUCCCUGCGUCAGAAAUGGCAUAAGCCUCGGCGCAACCUUAAAACAAACGACAUUGUCAUCGUCAUUGAGGAUACACUUCCGAGGAAUCAGUGGCAGUUGGGGCGAGUGGUGGAGACCAUUCAAGGAACUGAUAAGUUGGUUCGUAGGGUUAGGGUUCAAGUCACAGAUCGGAGGCUGCAUGGGAAAUCGGACCCCCCUUUUAGGACCGUCAUCCUUGAGAGACCCAUCCAGAAGUUAGUGUUGUUGCUUGGAAAUGAAUGAUUGGAAAAUUUGAUUCCUUAUUUUAGUUGUGAGACAGUUCGGUGUCAGAGUUUUAACUGUUUGUGAAUCAUGUAUAAUUCGAUUGAUUAUGAAUUUAUCGUGGUAUGAUUGGGGGGAGUGUAAUUGACACCGAAUUGUCUUGGAGUGGCCACAGGAGGCGGUGUGUGUGGUGGAGAGGAGGUGAAGGACCAGCAAAAGGGAAUUAGGUUUUAUGGCCCUCACCUGCUUUCUGUUGGCAUGCGUUGCCUCAUUUUCGUUUGUUUGGUGUGGCGUGGUGUCCGGUUUCCCCGUGGCUUCUUUUUCCUUGUUGGAUGUUUGCUUGUCUUAAGGUGACGGGCAGCCUUAUA